AUGGAUCCUGCAACAUUCAAGGAUCCGCAACUUACCCUCCCGGAUCAGCUGGUGAUCGAAACUUUUCUGCAAGAUCCCAGCCUCAAGAGCAAACCAAGUGCACAGCCGCUUGAGGGAACGCUGAGUACUGAAGAAACUAUUCAGAAACUCCACUCUCUUAAUAAUGAUUCUCAUCCCGACUUCGAUCCCACUGUUUUUCAGUUCUGGGACACUCCGCUUCUGAAGAGCAAGCUGCCCAAGGUCAUUCAGCGGUAUAUUCUGCAACCGUAUAUCGUCUGGGGCCAGAGUAUCGUGCGCUUCAAGACGGAUGUGGUUAUGUUGACACAUCUUCUCCUCUAUUUUACCACUCUGGUUCCCAGCGCGGCAUUGCUGUAUUAUCGCUUUUCCUGGCUCCAUGGUGUUUUCCAUUGGGCCAUGCAACUGUGGUUUUGUGGAGCAUUCACCCUGAUGAAACACCAACACAUCCAUAUGAAUGGCGUUCUGGCACCAAGUUAUUGGCUUGUCGACACGCUGUUCCCUUAUCUCCUCGAUCCCAUGUUGGGACACACCUGGAACUCUUAUUUUUACCAUCACAUCAAGCAUCACCACGUCGAGGGCAACGGUGAGAAUGAUCUGAGUACUACCAUGUUCUACGACCGCGACAGCGUCUUCGACUUUGCACGCUAUGUCGGCCGAUUCGUCUUUUUCAUCUGGCUGGAGCUGCCGUUGUAUUUCUGGAGCAAGGGUCAGCUCAAGUACGCCUUCAAAGCCGCAUUCUGGGAGCUGAGCAACUACGCCUCCCUCUAUCUGCUGUAUAAUUAUGUCAACUCUCACGCCACCUUAUUUGUCUUUAUUCUUCCGCUGGUGGUUAUGCGCUUUGGUCUGAUGGUGGGGAACUGGGGCCAGCAUGCGUUGGUUGAUCCGGUAGACCCUGACUCGGAUUAUCGGUCCAGCAUCACGUUGAUUGAUGUCCCCAGCAACCGGUUUUCCUUCAAUGAUGGGUAUCAUACUUCCCACCAUCUGAACCCGCGCCGCCACUGGCGCGAUCACCCUGUGGCUUUUGUGAAGCAGAAAGAUCGUUAUGCCGAGGAAAAAGCGUUGGUGUUUCGGAACAUUGAUUUUAUCUUCCUCACUGUGUAUCUGCUGCGCAAAGACUACAUGCACCUAGCAAAAUGCCUGAUCCCCAUGGGUGACCAAAUCGACAUGACCCUCGAACAGCGGGCAGACAUGCUGCGAAGUCGGGCCCGUCGAUUCCCGAAGCCCUCGUCCAAGAAACAUUCCUAA